AUGUCGUCAGCACCUGAGUGGAUACUACACAAGUCGCUGUUGGUGGUCGGCCCGAAGCGGUCGACAGCCGGGAUCAAAGACUUAGUAGAGCUGCGGACGACCAUCACUACAACGCCCGAUCUAGCUUUCCUCGCCGAGACUAUCAAGUCUCUGGAGGACCUAUGGCCGGCUAUCGCUGAGACCAUAUAUACCGAUGCCGAGCUUGAUGCUAUAGAUGGCAGGCAAAUUCUCGGCAAUCUAUGGCGAUUUUUCGAACAAGGAGACACCUCGGCCAUCACAGGCACAGGGCCCUGCCACAACAAUGUUCUACUGGACGUGCUCACGAUUCUUUUCCAUGUGGUUGACUUCUGGCGUCUGGCAACAACAGAGAUAGCGACGCCAUUGUUUGCUUGCUCUUCUCGCAAGCCGACCAGCGAGCUACAUGACAUUCAGGGGUUCUGUCUCGGAUUUCUGACCGCAGCGGCGGUCUCUAGCUCAACGUCCAAGGCCGAAUUCGAGAAGCACGUCGCAACGGUGCUUCGCAUCGCUGUUUGCAUUGGGGCACUAGUAGAUCUAGAUGCUGCCAAACUGGUGAGGAUGUACAACGACCACGCCGCCUUUGUCUCUGUCGGCUGGACUUCCCAGGAUGAAUACAACGAGCUGAACAGAAUCUUGGAGGCUGAGCCAGAUGGAUACAUCACUUGUAUAACGGAUACAAACCGUGCCACGGUGACGAUACGGGAACAGAGUGCUAGCACGUUCAAACAAAGGUUAUCAGCAUCGGGAUUAUCAGCCCAGACACUGCAUCUUCAAGGACGCUACCACCAUCGGCCAGCCUAUGAGGAUGGUGUGCGCCGCUUGAAAGAGCUCUUCCACCAGGACUCACGGUUCCAGCUACCCAAUGCUGUGGGAUUAGCCUUACCACUGCGGUCGAACGUGGAGGGCCAGCUCAUACUUGACGGGGCAUUGCACGAGGUUGCACUUGAGUCCAUCUUGUUGGACCGGUGCCAGUGGUACGAAACCGUGCGCCAGGCUGCGGCGCACAGCCAAGUUCCGGUAGAUGAUAUCGUCCGUGUCGGUGCCGAGGCAACAAUCCCACGUUCGCUGACGAAGAACUCAACGAUUCCAAAAAAUAACAAGCCAAGUGGCUACCACAAGGGCGCUACACAUGACCACGAAGAUGGCGCUACCUCUGCCCACGCAUCCGCCGUUGCGGUCAUCGGCAUGGCCUGUCGCUAUCCAGAUGCCGACUCCCUCGAGGAGUUCUGGGAGCUGCUCAAUGCAGGUAUGGCAACUGUCCGGCGAAUUCCCUCGGAUCGAUUCGAAGUGGCAAACAUUACACGUAAUCCAAAAGUGCCCUUCUGGGGUAACUUUCUCCAGCAUCCCGAUGUUUUUGACCACCGAUUCUUUGGCAUUUCCGGUCGCGAGGCCAAGUACAUGGAUCCGCAACAGCGCCUGGCGCUCCAGGUAGCAUACGAGGCGCUCGAGUCGGCUGGCUACUUUGGGAUCGAAUCGUCACCCGAGAAGUUUCCUGACGACGUUGGUUGCUUUCUGGGCGUCGGCUCAGUCGACUAUGCCGACAACAUUGCAUCGCACGAUGCCACUGCGUUUUCUGCGCUUGGAACACUGCGUGCUUUCAUCAGCGGGCGCGUGAGUCAUCAUUUUGGGUGGACUGGCCCUUCCAUCACAUAUGAUACGGCCUGUUCGUCUGGGGCGGUGGCAAUUCAUUCCGCUGUCAACGCCAUCAAGAAUAGCGAGUGUUCGAUGGCCGUGGCGGGAGGUGUCCAUGUGAUUACCAGCCCUUCCCUGUACCAGAAUCUCGCGGCUGCAUCAUUCCUAAGUCCUACAGGCGCGUCCAAAGCCUUCGAUGCGAGUGCUAAUGGAUACUGUCGUGGCGAAGGAGCCGGCCUUGUUGUUUUGAAGUCAUUAGAGCGCGCCCGUGCUGACGGUGACUCAAUCUUAGCCGUCAUCACCGGUUCAGCCGUCAACCAAGGAGGAAACUGCACCCCAAUUACUGUCCCAGUCUCUAGCUCACAAAAUUCACUGUAUCUGAAGGCACUGUCGAUGGGAGGAACAGAUCCUAAAGAGGUCAGCUUUGUCGAGGCGCACGGUACAGGGACCGCUGUGGGCGACCCCAUCGAGUGUGAGAGUAUUCGAAGCACAUUUGGUGGCCCAGAUCGCGCACACACGCUAUUCCUCGGCUCGGUGAAAGACAACAUUGGUCACACCGAAGCCUCGUCGGGUGCUGCAGCGUUGAUCAAGACCAUCCUGAUGCUCCAGAAGCGUAUCAUUCCGAAGCAGGCGAAUUUCAGACAACUCAACGCCAAAAUCCCUGCACUAGAGCCAGACCACAUGGUUGUACCGCAACGCAGUCAGCCAUGGGACGUUCCCAGGCGGAUAGCAGUAGUCAACAAUUACGGCGCAGCUGGAAGUAAUGCUGCCAUUGUUGUGCAAGACGUCGACCGCUCACAUUCUACAGUCGUCUUAAAUGGGGAUAUGUCUCUGUUUUCUGCGUAUGAGGUACCGUUUUUCAUUUCAGCGAGAACCCCAGAGAGCCUUCGUGAGUACUGCAAAGCCCUGAAGGCCAGUCUGGCCAAGGUGCAAGACAACUAUGGGGACAGGGCGGCCCUCGGCCUGGCUUAUAACCUGUCGGUCAAACAGAAUCGCAGAUUUCAGUAUAGAUACAGUUUUACUGCAUCGAAUCUCAAGGAGGUGGCAUCGAAACUGUCGCAGGCACGCCCGACAGAUAUCAGAGAAACGGCUGAAAAGCCGCGUCCGGUUGUUCUUUGCAUCGGUGGCCAGAAUGGCCGAACAGUGCAUCUUGAUGAGGGUGUUUUUCGGAACAGCAAGCUCCUUCGGGACCAUCUCAAUGAGUGCGAUCGGAUAUGCCAGAACCUGGGACUUCCCAGCCUGUAUCCCACAAUCUUCAGCUCAGACCCCGUUGAGGACUUGAUCGGUUUGCACUGCAUGCUUUUUGCUCUGCAGUAUGCCAGCGCAAAGUCCUGGCUUGAUUGCGGGCUGAUUGUCGACAUGGUUGUGGGCCAUAGUUUCGGCCAGCUCACGGCCCUCGUCGUCGCCGGUGUCCUGUCCCUGUCCGAUGGGCUGCGAUUCAUAUCAGAGCGCGCCCGUCUCAUUCAGUCCUCUUGGGGCCAAGAGACCGGGGCCAUGCUCUCAGUGCAGGGAGAACGCGGCACGGUGGACCAGCUUCUAGAGAGAGCUAAGUCUCUUAAUCCCUCUCUCACGGCGGAGGUGGCAUGCUUCAACGGCCCCGAGACGAUUGUCUUGGCUGGAGAUCAGGCAUCUAUCGACGCAGUGGAGGAGGUGGCUAAGAGUGAGACAUUUGGCCUCAGCUUGAAGGCAGUACGUCUGAAGAACACACAUGCUUUCCAUUCAAGUUUCGUGGACGACAUUCUCCCGGCGCUUCGAGAAGUUGCGGCCACUCUUGAUUUCAAAACGCCCUCGAUACGCAUCGAAGCUUGCUCGGAGGCCCAUGACUGGAAUCAAGGCAUUGAUGCUGAGAUGCUCAUUCAACACAGCCGCAAGCCAGUGUAUUUCCACGAUGCGGCGCAGAGAAUCGUCACCAAUCUGGGGCCUUGCGUUGUCCUUGAAGCCGGCUCAGCAUCACCUAUUGUUCCCAUGUUCCGACGAGCACUGGCACCUGAUGAGGCUAAAAAGGGGCACACCUUCCAGCCUAUCGACAUCGGUUCCAGUAAUGCCCUCGGACAGCUAGCCAGGGCCACAAGCAACUUGUGGGCUGCUGGUGUGAACGUUCAAUAUUGGGCAUUCCAUCGUGGCGAAAAGGACAGGUUGCCGUACAUCAACUUGCCGCCGUACCAGUUCCAGAGAAAUAAGCAUUGGUUAGACUACAUCGAACCCCGGACUUUCGUCGAGCAACAGUCCACGCAGGCUCAGGGCAGCGACGCGGAACCAAGACUCCUGCCACUGCUUGAGAUAUCCGAGACCACAGCUGGAGGUUCAACAGUGUUUCGGAUCAAUACAUUGCACGACAUGUUCGAGGUCUGCACAAAAGGCCACGCAGUCCUGGGACAGAGCCUCUGCCCUGCCUCGAUGUACAUCGAGAUGGCUAUCCGCGCGGCCACGUUGCGUGACACCAAGAAAGACCACGCCACGGCUGCAUGCGUAGUAAAGAACUUGAAGAUUUCUUCUCCCUUGUCUGUCGUCUCAACCCGGACCACCUUCCUCCGCUUGGACCCAUCGACCAUAGAGCCAGAUAAUUGGGAAUUCACCAUACUUAGUCGUGACCAGCCGAUUGCAACCGCCUCCGCUAUAACGCAUGCCACUGGCGUCGUCUCCCUGGUGGCCGUUGGGCAUGAGGCCGCCCGUACACAGUUCAUCCAGCGCCUCGUCGGUCAAGAGAAAUGCGACGAGCUCAUUAACAGCCAAGGCUCGCAGGUCCUCAACGGCAACAUAAUCUACCAGGUCUUCGGCCAGGUCGUCGACUAUGCGCCUUACUACAGGAGAGUAGCUAGUAUUGUGUCCAGAGCCCAGGAGGCCGUGGGCAUAGUGAACGUGCUGGCUUGCCAACCGCCGGUCGUGAAGGAAGGCAGCUGUGAUCCAGUCACACUCGACAAUUUCCUCCAGGUGGCAGGAAUCCAUACCAACUGUCUUUCUGAAAGAAGCAACGACGAGGUUUUCGUCUGUACGGAGCUGGGCGAGCUCUUCAUCAGCAGUACGUUCCUGGCCAGGCGGCGGGAGGUCCAAACCUACCGGGUAUUUUCCUCGUUUAGUCGACGCACAGGCGAGAAAAAACUUGUCAACGACAUUUUUGUCUUCGAUCACAAGACUGGUGAUCUGGUAGUCCUGUUCCUGGGGGCAAUCUUUCAGGGCGUUUCGAGCAGAUCUCUGGCAAGGACACUGGCCAAGUUGAACAGCGGUACGAUCUCGACGGAGGCCUCUGGGGACCACAUCAUGGCUCUGCCCAAGUAUACGAAGACCGACGCAAAAAAUGUGACUACUGCAACUGGUAGUCGCCAUGAUGGGCUUCCGGCAUCUUUUGGACAGAUCCAGGGAAUGUUAGGAAAUAUUUUGGGUGUCUCGACUGACGAGAUAGAGGCUGACACACGUUUGUCCGAUCUCGGCAUCGACUCUUUGAUGGCGACAGAGGUUCUCAGCGAGAUCAAGAAAGCCUUUGAUGUGACUAUAUUGGCCGACGAAUUUCAAGAUCUCCAUGACGUCCAGGCCAUCGUCACUCGCAUUCAGGGCUCCUCACCAUCCUCAUCAGGCAGACUCACCCCAUCACCAUCAGACGCGGGUGAACAAGUCGAUGGCGUUGCCGGGCUUGGAGAGGCCGUGGACGACACCUUCCUAUCGGCCGCGUCUUACAGCUUCCAGGCGGUCCGACAGGACUUCGAUGGCAUCUCUAAAGAAUUGGAGUUUUCUGACUUCUAUACUUCAGUCUAUCCUGCGCAAAUGGAACUUGUCGUCGCUUAUAUCGUCGAGGCGUUCCAGAACCUGGGGUGCUCCCUGGCAGCGCUGGCCCCUGGUGACAAGGUCACAGAUCUGCCGGUACUCGACAAACACGCCAAGGUCAAGAGUCAAAUCUACAAAAUCUUGGAAGAAGUCAGUGUCCUCAAAAAGGAUGCAGAUGGCGGGUUUGUUCGCGGUAUCGCCUCCGUCCCAUCCGAACGACCACACCAGCUUCAGCAAGCCAUUGUUGCCAACUUCCCUCAGCACGCUUUCGAGCACAAUCUUCUAGCCUCAACAGGCGAAAAGCUCGCCGACUGCCUCACUGGGCGCACUGAUCCCCUAGGUAUUCUCUUUGGCAACGCCAAGGCACGGACACUCAUGGAAAACGUCUACACACACGCCCCCAUGUUCAAGGCCGGAACCGUCAACUUGGCUCGCUAUCUGGUACGGUUGUUCCAGACAUUGCAGCCGUCGAAUCGGCCGAUUCGUAUUCUUGAGCUCGGCGCGGGCACUGGCGGAACGACGAAGCAUUUGGUGGACAGUCUUGUUGCUACCCAAAAGCCGUUCGAGUACACCUUUACGGAUCUCUCGUCUUCUUUGGUGGCUCAGGCCCGAAAGAAAUUCGCGCAGCACGACUUUAUGCGAUAUGCUGUACUGAAUAUUGAGCAGGACCCGGAGCCCGCGUUUGUCGGCCAGUAUGAUAUCGUCCUCUCGACCAACUGCAUCCAUGCUACCAAGGACCUGACGCGAUCCUGUACAAACAUCAGGACAUGUCUCCGACCGAACGGUGUUCUCUGCCUAGUAGAGCUGACGCGCAACAUCUACUGGUUUGAUCUUGUCUUUGGUCUCCUGGAAGGCUGGUGGCUCUUCGAGGAUGGGCGCGAGCACGCGUUGGCUGACGAGAAACUAUGGAAAGCUCAUCUUGGGCGGGCAGGAUUCCGCUGGACUGACUGGACUGUGGGCACCUCGCGCGAGUCCAACGUCCUACGCGUCAUCACAGCCUCACCAAGUGACGUGACACCGUCAGCGACGAUAGAGACAGUCACCUUCAAGCGUGUCGGUAAUGUGUCACUCGAAGCCGAUAUCUACUAUCCCGAGAAGCAGAUUCAGGGCAGCGAGGUGCGACCCAUCGCUCUAAUGAUUCACGGCGGUGGCCACGUCAUGCUCUCCCGAAAAGAUGUGCGGCCUUCGCAGACUCGCAUGCUUCUCGAAGCCGGCUUUCUCCCUGUCAGCAUCGACUACCGCCUCUGUCCAGAGAUGACCCUCAUCGAUGGCCCUAUGCAAGACGUGUGUGAUGCCCUAGCAUGGGCACGGACUGUGCUUCCCCAGCUCUCGCUCCGGCGACGCGACAUUGUUGUAGACGGGGACCGCGUAGCCGCCGUGGGCUGGUCUACCGGAGGCCACCUCGCCCUCACCCUUGGCUUCACUGCACCAGCACGUGGCAUCCGGGCUCCUGACGCGACGCUGGCCUUCUAUUGUCCGUCCGACUACCACGAUGCUUUCUGGUCUAAGCCAAACUUCCCAUUUGGCCAGGGCAACGCUACUCGGCCACAAUGGAAUAUACUAGACGGCGUCGAAGACCACCCCAUAACGGCAUACAACCCACCACCCGAGAAGCAGGCCUUGGGCGGAUGGAUGAGUCCCAGCGAUGCUCGAUCACGCAUCGCCUUGCACAUGAACUGGACAGGCCGGAGCCUGAGGGUCCUUCUCAAUGGACUAAGCAGUGGUCGCCUUCAUGCUCCUGAUCCUCGUCCUGCAGGUGAUGGUCAUGCCUUUCCAGACCCUACUGAUGAGCUCCUUGAUCCGAGUCCCGAACAGAUCCAGCUGGUGAGCCCGCUGGCACAGAUUCAGCGUGGUACUUAUCAGGUCCCCACGUUCCUCAUCCAUGGGACCAAAGAUGAUCUGAUCCCGUGGCAGCAAGCUCUGAGGACGCAUGAGGCACUGCAGCAACAGGGCGUGGAAUCACACAUUAGGAUACUAGACGGCGCGGCGCAUCUCUUCGAUUUGUAUCGAUCGUAUAAUGGCAAUAAAGGUGCAAAAGAGGCUGUUCGAGCUGGGUAUGACUUUCUUCGUAGUCAUGUUCACUCAUCGAGGUAG